GUUUAGUAGUAUUUUAUGAAAUUACUUUUAAAAAUCCCUUCUUGCCGUUGUUAAUGAUACAAGUUUGGUCGGCAAAUUAUGUUUUUUUAUUUAAGCAAACACUUGUUUGUUUUGCAGUUGGUUUGCUGACACAAACAGCAUGAUUCACGAGACAAUUUGUUUAAUUAAUUAAUCGGGAUAGUGAGUCAAAAACAGCGCAAAGUCUGCCUGUAAAUCCAUCAAGUCGGACUUCUUGGACACCUUCACCUUCACCUUCACCUCCAACUCCAAGCCUCCAACUUCUGUAAACAUUUAGAACUUUAAGCUCUUACUUAAUUGAAAAUGAGAGCGGCUGUUCGCAACAUAAAAUCUGCUUUUCGACAUCAGAGGAAUAGUUAUUCGGUUGCUUUUGUAAGAAGCCGAAGUCAUUUGAUUGAAGGCAAUUCUAGUUCUGUUUAUAGACAGACUGGCAAUGCCGAAAUCCAUAGAUUUUUAUUCCCUGCAAUUUUUAUAUCAAGAGUUUUCUCAACGGAUGCUGCUGCGAAAGUUAAUAUCACAGAAGUGAACAAAGCAGGGCCGCUUGUGGAGUAUGAAAGGAGAAUUGCAGCUGGUGAACUCGUUGAUGGUGAUGCCUGCCAGGUAGGCACUUUAAGAGAACUUCGAAGGCUUUAUGAUGAGAUUGUUGAGUCAGCUGAUGCCUGUCGAUUGGAACGCUAUGCAGUUCCUGAGAAAACUGUUAGGAAUCGGUGGUUUUGGUCUCGUUUAAUGCCACGGUCUUCAUGCUCCCCUGUCAAGGGACUAUAUCUUUAUGGAGGAGUAGGCACGGGGAAAACUAUGUUGAUGGACCUUUUUUAUGAUCAAUUGCCCAGCAAUUGGAGGAAGAAUAGGAUCCAUUUUCAUGACUUCAUGUUGAAUGUCCACAGCCGGUUGCAGAGGCACAAGGGUGUGGCAGAUCCACUUGAAGUUGUAGCAGGAGAGAUAUCUGACGAGGCUGUUUUACUAUGUCUAGAUGAAUUUAUGGUGACUGAUGUUGCUGAUGCAUUGAUACUGAAUCGUCUUUUUAGACAUUUGUUUAGCAAUGGCGUUAUACUUGCUGCAACUUCAAAUCGUGCUCCGGACAAUCUCUACGAAGGUGGAUUGCAGAGGGAUCUUUUUCUACCUUUCAUUGCCACUUUGAAGGAAAGAUGCGUUGUUCAUGAAAUUGGUUCAGCAGUAGACUAUCGGAAACUGACCUCGGCAGAACAAGGUUUCUACUUCAUUGGCAAAGAUUUGUCAGGCCUCCUCAAACAGAAAUUUGAGCAAUUGAUUGGUGAACAUGUCGCUAGUCCACAAGUGGUUGAUGUAGUUAUGGGUAGGACAUUGCAGGUUCCACUUGGUGCUAAUGGAUGUGCUUAUUUCUCAUUUGAGGAACUCUGUGACAAACCUCUUGGGGCUGCAGACUACUUUGGAUUGUUCAAGAACUUUCAUACCCUAGCUUUGGAAGGUGUUCCAGACUUUGGGCUCCACAACAGGACAGCAGCAUAUCGAUUUGUCACUUUGGUUGAUGUAAUGUAUGAGAACAGGUCCAGACUGUUGUGUACAGCUGAGGGUAGCCCACACGAACUUUUUGAAAAUAUCAUGACAGUUUCAGAUGCCCAGCAAAUGGCCCCUAGAACCUCCUCGAGGUCAAGGAGAAAUGAUGAUUCAGAUCUUUGUGUGGAUAAUGAAUUGGGAUUUGCAAAGGACCGCACCAUUAGUAGACUAACAGAAAUGAACAGCAAAGAAUACCUUGAACAGCAUGCAGAGGAAAGGCAGCUUUCUCAACAAGAUGCGAAUGCAGAUGCCUUAAAAGUAUAUAAAGCCUAAAAAGAGUUGGGCUGACCUAGCGUAAUUUUGGUUACAAAUUUAAUCAGAGUACUUCUUUGGAUAUGAUAUUUAUUACGUUUGAAUAGAAUAAAAGAAAUGUAAUUUGUAAAGUUCAAAGUUUUAUUAUAGAAAUAAAAUGCCAAACUGUUCAGGAAUUGUUGUAGAUAAUCCUGUAGAAAUACCAAUAUGAAAGCAAAUCCAAAGAGCUAUACAUGCAGGAAUAUUGCAUGAUUGAUUGGCGGCUCUGACUCUGAAUGAUGCCUUGA